UCAAAAAAUACCUUCUAUAACACUUUAUGAAACUUCCUUUAACGUUUAAAUAUCUUCCUUGUUUCAUUUGCGCAUUUUAUAACUAUCUUAACUUGUGAAUUUCAGCAUUAAACACGUAAUUUUUGUUGUCAUUGAAAUGUAUACAGGAUAAGCAUUUAAUCAUGUCGAACGUUUUGCAUCCAACUGCACUUGUGAAUGACAAUCAAGACGAAGUUUUAAGAGCAUCAUUUCGUUGGAGACAUUACUCCUAUAAAGGAUUCUUGGAAUAUCAAAAUCAGAAUCAUUCGCCUAUGGAAAACACCAAAUUUUGCAAAUCCAAAUGAGGAUGGGAGUACAUAAAUGGUCUUUCUUGAUGAAAAGGGAGAUAAAAUUCAAGCAAUUGUUAAGAAGUUGUUGAUUAGGAGGUUUUCACAUUUGUUUGCUGAAGGCCAAUUCCGAGUUAUCAAUAACUUUGGUGUUGCACAAAACAAUGGAAGCUAUCGCCUAACAAGUCAUCCUUAUAAGAUCAAUUUUCUUCUCAAUACCAGAGUUCAAAAUUGCGAUGACUUGCCUAUUCCAUUGCAUGGCUUAAAUUUCGCAUCAUUUGAUGACAUCAUAUCAAAUAGGUUGGAUGAUAUUAUCUUGACAGAUGUUGUUGGAGAAAUUGUAUCAGUCAUACCAAUUGAGACAUUUGAGAGAAAUGGAAAACAAUCGAAGAAAUUGAUCUUAGAGUUGAAUGAUAAAGAGUUUGAAGAUCGGAACUCAGAAGGUUCAACAAGUCAUAAGCAACAAUACUCAGAGAAUAGAGCAUCAUUUCUCCGAGCUUUCAAUGUUAUUCGCAGAGGAUGUGAGAAAGAUUUUCAAGGGAUUGAAACCUUAAGAGGAUCUCUGAGCUUUGAUUUGCUCUAUUAUCAAUCUUCAAAUAAGCUUUUUCCUGAGAGAAAAAUUCUUGAUCCUCAAGGAUCAUUUCUGCAGAAAUGGAAUAAGAUAUUUCUAAUCUCAUGUGUGUUUGCUAUGGCCUUGGAUCCAUUGUUCUUCUACAUCCUAGUGAUAGAUGGCAAGAAACAAUGCCUUAAGUUGGAUGAAAAUUUGAAAAUGAUUGCUUGUUUUCUUCGCACAAUGACGGACUUAUUCUAUGUACUUCAUAUAAUCUUACAGUUCCAUACUGGGUUUAUUUCUCCUUCUUCUCGCGUGCUUGGAAGAGGUGAACUAAUCAAGGAUCAUCGCGCUAUAGCAAGAAGAUAUCUCUCGUCAUACUUCAUUGUUGACAUUCUUGCUGUUCUGCCCUUUCCUCAGAUAGCAGUUCUAGUUAUCAUUCCAAGAUUAAUGGGUGGAGGUUUAUUGACUUUAAAGGGCCUGUUGAAAUUAGUGAUUUUCACCCAAUAUGUCCCAAGGAUUAUUCGAAUAUACCCUUUAUAUAAGGAAGUAACAAAGACAUCAUUAGGCAUAAUCACUGAAACAGCUUGGGCUGGAGCUGCUUCCAAUUUGUUUCUGUACAUGCUAGCUAGCCAUGUGUUUGGAGCAGUUUGGUAUAUGUUUGCCAUAGAUAGGCAAGGCACAUGCUGGCACAAGUCAUGUAUGGGAGGAGGAUGCCAUCAGUUGUCUUUAUAUUGCAAAGACAAACAUGAAGGAAACUAUGUAUUCAACAACACCUUCUGCAAACUUAUAAACCCUGAUCAAAUAACAGAUUCUACUGUUUUGAACUUUGGCUUGUUCUAUGAUGCCCUUAAUUCAGAAGUGGUACAGUCUACUCAUAUUUUCGAGAAACUCUUCUAUUGCUUUUGGUGGGGCCUUCAAAAUCUUAGCUCUCUUGGUCAGAAUCUGAAUACAAGUACUUUUGUCGGGGAGAACUUAUUUGCUGCCUUCAUUACUGUUUCUGGACUAGUUCUGUUUUCCUUGCUCAUUGCCAAUAUGCAGAAAUUUCUACAAUCAACAACUGUUAGAGUAGAGGAGAUGAGAAUAAAAAGGCGAGAUGCAGAGAUGUGGAUGUCACAUCGUUUGCUUCCAGCAGACUUAAAGGAGAGGAUAAGAAGGUAUGAUCAGUACAAUUGGCAAGUAACGAGAGGCGUUGAUGAAGAGAGUGUAAUACGUAAUCUUCCUGGGGACCUUAGGCGGGACAUAAAACGGCAUCUCUGCUUGGCUCUUCUAAUGAGAGUGCCAAUGUUUUCAAAAAUGGAUGAACAACUAAAAGAUGCAAUGUGUGAUCGUCUGAAACCAGUGCUUUAUACUGAGAAUAGCUUCAUUGUACGUGAGGGUGAUCCAGUGAACGAGAUGCUAUUCAUAAUGAGAGGAAAUCUAUUGACUAUGACCAUAAAUGGUGGAAGAACUGGUUUCUAUAACUCAGUUAAUCUCAAGGCUGGCGAUUUUUGUGGAGAAGCAUUGCUCACAUGGGCUUUAGAUCCUUAUUCCUCACUCCAUCUGCCCAUCUCAACUAGGACUGUGCUGAGCCAAACAGAAGUUGAAGCUUUUGCGUUGACGCCAGAUGAUCUCAGGUUUUUGGCAUCGCAAUUUCGUAGACUUCACAGCAAGCAGCUAAGACACACCUUUAGGUUCUAUUCACAACAGUGGAGGACAUGGGCAACCUGUUUUAUACAGGCAGCAUGGCGGCGUCACUAUAGAAGAGAACUUGAGAAAUCUUUACGGGAGGCUGAAGAACUGGCUGUGGCAAAGGAGGGUGGAAGCUCAACAAGUUUGGGUGCCACCAUUUACGCGUCAAGGUUUGCUGUCAAUGCACUUCGUAAGCUCCAAAGUAAUAGUCCACCAAAUGUUAAAGCUCCGCUGAGGACACCCCUUCUCAACUUGCAAAAGCCAACUGAGCCUGAUUUCACUUCCGAAGAUGGUUAGUUAGUCAGUUUCCUGCUCUUUCAAGUAAAAUGUUGCUUUUCAUUUUUAAUUCAUCGAUUUUAGACCAUUGAUACAAGUUAAUGUAAUUACGAAUGUAAUUAAGAAUUUCAAGUACAAAAGGGUGAAUCUACAAUUGUUGUAUCAAA